AUGUUGCGUUGCCCCAAACGCGCCGUGAAGUUGACACACGUGCAGCGGCUGGAAAAAUCGACGUUAAGAAACGGAUACAGAGUCGGGAUUCGCGAACACAAUGGGUUCUAUAUAGGAAACUGGAAAAACGGCAAAAAACAAGGUGAGUCCACGAUUUAAGGGCGGAUGAUUUCGGCGUCCCCAAGUCAAAAAAAAAAAAAUAGCAUAGGUAUACGUUUUCGAAACGGUUUAAAUUCUUUUUAGCCGUCGUUACUCAACGAUAUUAUUUAAAUCGAUACGUAUUUAAUAUCGCACGACGAUUCCGACUUACUUAUUUUCGGCACAGUUGAGGUUUUUGUAAAAUCCGUCGUUUUGACUGCUUUUUGGCUUAUAUUCAAAGCAGAAUUUUUAUUUUUGCCCUCGUCUCGGUCGAUGUUUAAAAAAAUUCACGGUCUUAAAAAAACUGGUCAUAUCGUUGAUUUACUAUAGAAAAAAAAAUAUAUAUAUAUAAAUUUAUGACGAGACGAGGGCCGAAAACCUACGCACGGCGAAUAUAAUUAUUUCAUUCCGACUUGAAAAUGUUAUGUAAAAAUCGCCCGAAACAUUACGUUUUACGCUAACGAAUCGAUAUAAUUAUUAUUUCCUAGACGAACAGAUACCGUCACAAUCUAACCUAAAUUUUUGUUGUUCAGCAAAGACCAAAGGUAGGUAAGUAAUUGUUAUUUUACAAAACAGACGACAUUCGGUACACUCAAAUACGCACUGCGUGCAACCUACUAACGUCAUUGACUGAAAAUAAGUAAAAAAAAAAAAAAAAACGUCGAAAUUCAUCACGUUCGUUGAAAAUUAUAUAAAGAAUAACGAUUUACGGGUGGUAAGGGGGGAGGAAACCACCCAGUAGGGGAAAAACGGACGUUGAAAAAAAAAAAAAAAAACUAUAUUUAUAUAUACCUAUACGCGCCUCGGUACCUAUUUUAAUUUUCUUUAUGCGACGAUGGAAUGAUCCGUAGCAAUUAAAUACGGUUUAAACUUUUACAAUUUACUAUAAUAUUUAUACACUUACCAACGCUCACAUAAUAUCCGACAUUUUUUUAGAUUGUGUAACAUUGUAUGAAUAUUACGGUUUUUUUUUUUCGUAUAAAAAAAUAAUGAAAUCGCGACACCGACUCGAAUCAUAUAACAAUUAAUGUUCGAAUGAACAUUGCCAUGCAUUUUUCUAUAUUUUCACGUGUUAUAUUCGUACGGUUCGUUUACAUUUCAUCGACAUACCGUUUCGUCGACAAACAACCCGGUCUUGUUUUAAGUAUUAAAAAUCGUUUCAUUUUGCCGACGAAAAUCGGUUACCAAUUUUAAAUUGGUAAUUAUUAUUAUUGUUGUUGAUACUAUUAUUAAAAUACACGGCGAUAUUUAAACCAUUCGUGGUUUUCAACGAUUUACAUUGUGUACGCAUUUUUGCUGGGUGUUACCACUGGGCGAUUUCUCCGAUUACUCGAAACGUUUUUUUUUUUUUUUUUAUUUUCUCCCGUCGCUCAUCAUACCUAUAAGUAGGUUUGGUAUCUAUUUUCGUAUAGAUUAUAGAUAUUUCGUUAAAUAAAAAAAAAAAAAACGUACAUACUUCGCACGAUGGUUGGACCACUGUUGUAGAUGAGAAAUUGUAGGACAUAGAGGGGAAUACAGUUUAAUCUGUACGCAAUGUUAAGCCGUUUCCAACAAAAAAAGAUUCUGAGUGAAGUUCCUUUCAUACAUGUAGGUAUGUAAAUUUUCUGGUUUUUCCUACGUUUUCCAGGUUUUUACCAAUUAUUAUGAAAACCGCUUGCGAAGUAAACGAUUAACCUCCUUAAAGUACCAAGAAGAUAAAAUAUAUUUUCAGAAAAGUUGCUACACUUGACGCAUUUGAACAAGGCUUAUGAUAGAAAAGUUGAUAACAGAAAAAACAAAUAAAGAAAUUAUUGUAAAACUUAUUCAUUCCUCACUAAGUUCCAAAUUAAAAAAAAUAAAUUUUUCAUUCAUUCGAAUAAAAAGUGCUUCACCAAUAUAUCUAUAACAAAAAUUCGCUCAGAAUCCUAUUUUACUAUAAAUCGUUAUAAAAUUAAUAUCUUCAUGUUAAUACAUUCAUUUACGAAAUAAGCACCACCAAUUUUUUUUUUUUCUUAGUUUUUUAACAAUUAGUUCUAAUUAUGGUAACAGUGUUUUUCUCGUGAUCGUUUUAUAAUAUUUAAUAUUAAAUAAUAAGUUUAACACAUUUUAUUUGAAAUUAGAAAACGAUUGAAACUAUUUAAUCAACUCGGAACGAUCGAUUAUUUUUUGUUAAAAUCAUUUAAAAAUUUACAGAAAGUAUUUUAGUUUAAUUUUAAAUAGAAUUGUAUUGGAAUUUUGAUUAAAAAUCGAAAAAAAAUCACAAAUUGGGCACUGUAUAAGAUGACGUGUAUUAAUUAUUUUUCUCACUGCUGCGGAUAAAUCGGAUGUAGUAGUAUUUAUUUAUUAAAAGUUACAAAUAUAUUAUAAAAGAAAAAAAUCAGACGAGCCUAAAUUGUAACUGGAAAAAAAACUAAAAACUUUAACUUAUUUUUCCUCUACAACAAUCCCCCAUCAACAGAACGGAAACUUUUAAAAGUUUCUUCUUUAAUUUCUCGUUAAAUAACCUGUGAAAUUAUUGCAUAUUUAGUUUGAAAUAUUAUAACGUAGUAUUUUAUUAGGUACUAAAAAAAGUUACACCGACUCGAAAGAAACAAAAAAAAAAAAAAUUAUGUUUAAUAUUUAUUUUAAUAGUAAUAUACGAGAUGAAAGUACAUGUUUUUUUUUUUAAGAAUAUAAGUUUGAGUCUCAAAUAUUGAGUUUUUAUCACAUUUUUGUAUAUUAUGCGAAAAAUUAAUAUAUACGGAUGCAGUUUCUAUAUUAUAUAAAUUAGAGUUCCAUUUCGUUACUAUGGUUAUUUGUGGUUUGACUAAAAAUCCCAUGUUUUAAUUUUAGAUUCUGAGCGUAGCUUACGCACUGUGUGUUCUACAGGAAAUAUUAAUUUAGUUAAAAAGUACCGAGAGAUCUUUUUGUUGAAUUUUGAAUUUAGUUGCCAAAUAGUUUUUUUGAUUUUUUUAAGCAGUUUUCAUAAUAUUUUUUUGAUAACCCGAAAAAUGAUAAAUUAAACUUGAUAAAAUUACGAUAUUAUGGCUUUAAAAUAAACUGUGUUAAUAACUGAGAAAAACCUAAAAUUUUAAUUUUUGGUUUUAAAAUAUCAAUCUAUGAUUAGUAUCCGAUAUCAUAAUUAAUGUAUUAAUUGUAUAUGAUACAUUAAAACUUUUAUAAUUCUAUUUUUUACAAAAUAGCUAUUUUGAAAAUUGUGUAAAGUGAAUAAAUGAAGUUAUUAUUUUUUUUUAUUUUGUAUUACUGGGAUGAACAUUAAAAUUUAAUUUUUUUCUAAAUCGAUACUCCGAAUCUUCGAAGACAAACCAAUUGAAAAAAAGUUGUAUCAUCAUGUAUAAAUGAACUUUGCAUCGUUUUUCGUUACCCAUGGUAAAUCGUUGCUUACAAAUAUAAUUUAAAUUAAUUAAUUUGUCCUACCUCGCCAACUUCCCACUUAAAAAAGUGACGCACCCGUCCACAGUAUUAAAUGUUAUUUUUCGCAUACGUACGCAGGAAAUGGAGUAAAAUUCUACAAUAACUCGAUGGCUUACGAGGGUCAAUGGGUAGCGAACAAAAGACAUGGUUUCGGAAUAAUGAAGAAGAAAGUCGAGGACUAUUUUAUAUUGGUAUUCGAAGGAUAUUGGAUUAACAACCGAUAUGUAAGUGUAUUUACCUGCUUUUACCUAAUACGUAUUUUCGUAGUAAGUAGGUACGUAGUACGUGUUUUUCGUAUAUUUACAAUCUCCCAAAGGGGGCGGGUAAACGUUAAAAAUCAUACGGAUAGGUGCAUCGACAUAAAACUAUAUGGGAGCGAGUUUUUGAUCGAGUGACAGAUCUAUUGUACCCAUACUUUUAUAAGACGUCGGUCAUCCGUUACCCGAUUAUUUAUUCUCAGUUCACGUUUAACUGCGAUACGCUAUCGUGAAGAAGGUGUUUUAAUCUACGGGAGGUGGGUAGAGAAUGCCGAUCGAUAGCUGGUAAAAACUCAUAUUUAGACUUGUUUUUUUUUUUACAACCGUUUAUAUAUAUACAGGAUGUCCACGAAGAUAUACUCGUUGUGAUAUCUCCGGAGAUAAUAAAUGUAACCAUAUUCCGGUUUUUUUUUCUUUCAGAAAAAAGAACUGUACAGUCAACUAAUCGUAAUAAUAAUUACCAACUAGAAAAUGCCUGCUGCAUAUAAUGCCUAUGAUUAUAGGCACUUUUCUCUGAACAUUAAAAAAUUGUUAAAAAUCACGAAUUUAUUGAAAAUAAAAAGUUGAUACACGGUGUCACUUCAUGAGACACUCUGUAUAGUGUACAUAUAUAUUUUUAUCAUUCGAUUAACUAAUUUUCAAAGCCAUGGAAUACAUAUUAUUAUAUCAUUAAUAUCUGUCGGUUGAGUUAUUCUGACACUAUCAUUUUAUCCGCCAACACCAACAUUUUCAUUCUAAUGCAUCUUUUACCGAAAUCACCGUUUUAAUUAACACUAAUAUUAGAAUUUGUGCCAACAAUAUCCCAGAGAAAAUCGAUUUCCAGCGGCAGUUGCUGGGAAAAUUCGAUCUGUUUCACCUUGUAUAGUGUUUUACUAUUUUACUACUAUGUUACACUAUGCUAUUGGCCGAUUUGUAAACAGGCCCGGGGCAAGUUGUACGAGGAGGACGGCGUUUACGAAGGUGAAUUUUCGACGACCGCCGAUGGGAAAAAAAGUGGCUGUGGGAUCAAGCGGUGGAACGACGGCGCUGUAUACGAAGGUCAAUGGCGUGAUAACCAGUUCAACGGCCAGGGUUUUUUCACAGAAGGUAAAAUUAAUAAUAUUAUUGAGUCGAUUUAUCGGUAGUUUUUGAAGGUUUUUAACCGUUAAGCGUGUGUGCCGCAGUAACGUAAUUAUUGGUCUACGCGAUUAGCUGAUUGAUCGCUAAUCUCAUGAUCGAUACUAUCGACGUUUAAAAAAUAAUAUCGAUUUUCGAUUAACUGGAUAUUUUGAUACUCAAUUAUGGGAUAUUAGAUAACGAUGAUAAUAUUAUUAUUUUCUGUCCACUAGAAUUAUCUUACCGUCGUUUCACAUCACAAUUAUAUAAUAUUUGAAUUUUUAAAUUUUAAAUCGUCGCGUAGUUGACGUUUAUAGUCUUAAUUAGACAUAUUGGCUGUGAUUAAUAAAUUGUCUUCAAAUAAUCGAAUGCCGAUUAUUACGAAUUCUUACGAGUUAUAUUACUAUACAUAAACUACCGUCAUUAUAAAUUAAAUUACUAUUAUUAUUAUUAUUUUGAUGACCUAAACGCACUUGCGUAAACAAAAAAAAAAAUAUUUCUUGACUUUUUGCAGUGUGUUCAUAGGCGUAAAAGGCGUAAAAUAAUGUAUUCAGAUUUGAACGAAUUUCUUUUCGGGUUUAGGGUCUGUAGUUACCAAGAUAUUGUGAAUGUAUAUUUUCAUGAGGACCUUUUCCCAAAGACUUUUUUUUCCACCAAUUAAUACAAUUAUUAAUACUAUUGUGUACUGAUUAUUUUAUUGUAAUAAUAAUAAAUACAAAAAUAUGUAUUAGUGUGUGAUAUAAUGGUGUACAUUAUAAUUUAUAAUAUAGUAAAAAAAUAUUUUUUAUAAUUGGAAUAUUAAACGCCUAUUUUAUUUUGAGUAUACAGAGUUUUUUUUUUUUUUUUUUUAUUAUAAACUAGAAAUUCUAUUUGAGAAUUUUAUAUGAAUUCAAUUUCUAUUUUUUUCAAACAAUGUGUCGUUAAAGCAUUAUUUUAAAGAUGAUUUUAAGAUAUUAACCCAGAUUUCGAAAAAAAAUACAUCUCUAGAAAUGUUAAUAUGCAUAACAUUAAUAUCGGAUUUACCGUUUAUGAGUUAUAACCGUUUAAAUUUUUGACCUAAAGAGAAAGGAAGAUUUAUUAAUUUAUUAUUUUUAAAUAGGUAUGCAAUUUAUUACUUUUUCUUAAUGUUCCGGUCUAAAAUUUAAACGGUUAUAAUUCUUAAACAUAAGUAUAAGUAUUAUGCGUAUCAAAAUAUAUAGACAACAAUUCUCUUCGAAUCAGUGUUCAGAAAGGAGAAUUUCUAUUUUAAAAACAAAAGUGCAUACUUAUUUCAGGUACAUAGAGUAGGAACGAUGUGGUCUUAUAAAUAAUCAGCAACACUACUGCGUAUUUACGCUUGAUUUUUCGUAAAAAAAAAAAAAAAAAAUCCUAACUGGUCAUUUCCCUGAAAUGGAUGCGACUUUUUCAUUUUCCUCGGGUGUUAAAAUGUUAAGAUCCGGCCCUGGAGUUGGUGCAUAAUACAAUCGAUAACGUAUUAUAAUAAUUGUUUGUUUAAUGCAUUGUUCAUCAAAACUUAGAUUAACUAAAUAUUUGGGGUGCUAAAACCGUGUGUAUAUUACGAAUAAAAAAUUGUACAGUCUGAAUCAAUGUAGUGCUUCUACUUUGCUUCCUCACUAGGAUGUUUUAGGAAGAAUCACAUCGGAAUAUGAAUAAAGUCUUUGAAGAAUGUAUUCAAAACAUUCAUUUAAUAUAUUAUUAAAUUUACAUGUAUUAUAUAACAAGUAGCCUGUAUGUAAAAUAUUAACUUUAAAUUUCGACGGUACACCACACUUUGAACCGCAAACAACUUACGUUUUUGUUGUAAAUCCCAUCCCUACACAAUUCUAAUUGUUAUUACGCUACUAACGAGUGUGUUGGUCCCACGUAGCCAAUGGAAACAAUUACGAUGGCCAGUGGCGUGCCGGUCUCAAGCACGGCGAAGGCGUCUAUAUGUUCAUGAAUAAGGGACUGUCUAUGACGGGCAUCUGGAUCAACGGAGUGCCUAAUAUGAACAUUAUGGAACAUACAAACUUCGAUCAAUGGACGGGAAACGGUAGAUUGCCAAUACCCAAAGUAAGAUAUUUACAAUGUCUUAAUUUAACAAUAUUAUUAUACCAAUAAUAACGAUUAAAUUGUAUAUUCUUUAUAGAUACAGCAGGUGGACAGAGAAAUUAUACAACCGACCUACCAGUUCGAAAAAUCUGAAAAACUCAAAAAUUUGUAA